AUGCAAAUGGUCAAGGAUGUUCUAGCCAACAGUGAUAAAGUUUCAGAGGUCCUACAAGAGUCUACUCAUCAGUUCAACCUGCUUACUUCACCCACCUUCCUACCAAAGGUCAAGGAUCAAGGGAAAUUCACUCUCCCUUGCACACUUGGGCAUCUUGAGAUUGACAAUGCCUUAGUGGAUUCUGGAGCAAGCAUCAAUCUGAUCUCUCUCUCCAUGGCAGAGAAGCUAGGCAUAGCUGGAGCCUUGCAGCGCCCUACUACUUCAAUCAUGUUUGGAGAUGCAACUUCUAAGUCUCCUCUUGGAGUGUUCAAGAACUAUCACUUGAAAAUUGGAGAAUGCAUCAUCCAAACUGAUCUCACUGUGAUGGAAAUGGAAGAAGAGAAGGAUUUGCCUCUGUUAUUGGGAACCCCUUUCCUUAGUACAGUUGGCGCUUCAAUAGACUUUCACAAGCAAGAAGUGAUCCUUCACAAGGUGAAUAGUUUGGUGUCAUAUCGCUUGCAGCCUAGAGGUUCAGACUUUUGUGCCACAAUUGACAGUACCAAUCUCAGUUCUAAGAGUCAUGGAGCUACAAAGGUUGUGAAGGAAAGGGUUGACAAGGAACCAAGAGUUGGGAAGGAUAAGGAUGAGAGAGGACCAAGGAUUGAGAAGCCACGUCUUGAGAGGGCUAGAGUUGAGAAACCACGAUCUGAUAGGCCAAGAGCUGAGCGACUUGUUCAAGCCCCUUGUGUGCUUGAUGAAGAGAGCCUUCAAGCUUUGUUUGAUGAGCCACUAGGAAGGGCUCUAAAGAAGGGGAGGAUGCAGCCUCUAAGGCAAGACCAGGAGAUAAAAGAAAGGAUCCACCAGCUCAGGCCCCUUCAGUCAAGCCAUCUCAGCUCACAAUGA